AUGCUGCGCCCGCGGAUUAUAUGGUUGUGGCAAAGGAUGGUAGGUGGGUGCAUGAUUGACGGGAAUAGCAGUAUUGGCGUAGUGCCUUGCUCUAGAUUCGGAAGAUAUUUCUUCCAUUUGAGACUGGGAGCGCGACAUGGAUCCAGAGGAAGAAAUAUUAGCGCACGGGCAGUGGUGGCGAAAUAUUACCUGUCUAGUCCGUUGCGCUCGUGA